ACAAUAUUUGGUGUAAAAACAUCGACUCUCCGUUUCCCGAUGACCAAAACGCAGCACUUCGUGCCAAUCGGGAGCGCUUUGACGUGCCAGUUUGACGUUUGCUGCGUGCGUGAUUGAAACAAAAAGCGACGUUCAAGUCCAUUUUCCCAUUUUCCCGUUUUCGUUUUACGUUGUUACGCUAGACAGUAGAAAAAAACCCCCACAGAACGGUGUGGCAAAAGGAAAGUUUUUUUUAAAAUAAUUUCAUCUUUCGUCGGCUUUACACCAACUCCGGAACGGUGCGCGUAGGCUCGCCAAGCCUGUCGAAACUUUGCCAGCACCCGUGUGUUGGUGUGUUAUCCUCUGCCGCGUUGUUCGCUUGCUAUUAGCAAGUUUUCAUCGUCAUCGGACUCAUCAUAUCGCAUACGCGAAUCGAAGCAAGGAGCAUCACCACCACCGUGUUACCUUCAGCCACCUUCAGAUCCGUUCUCGCCUUUCGCCUUGACUCGAUUGCUCCGUGCUUCGAGCCAGUUCUUCAACCGCGGCGACCGCGAACCCAGCUGCAUGCGAAUUGAUUCUAGAGCUCGUGUGAAAGUGUCGGAUUUGGAAAUCGUGCACUGCCGGGUGUGAAGUGUACGCUUUGUGAGGACCUCGCCGCGAACGGAGUGUUUUUUUUCUCUCUCCCGUCUGCAACUCGCCCUGACAGAUCACAAAGCAACCGUGUAGUGUCGACGACCCGGACUCCCCACAGCAGCAGCAGCAGUUUCAGUGCCCAAAGUCCAACGAAGCAACAGCAGCAGCAGAGAUGGCGAAAACGUACGACUAUCUGUUCAAACUUUUACUGAUCGGCGAUUCCGGCGUUGGCAAAACCUGCAUACUGUUCCGCUUUUCGGAGGAUGCCUUCAAUACCACAUUCAUCAGUACAAUCGGUAUCGAUUUCAAAAUCCGAACAAUCGAUCUCGACGGGAAAAAGAUAAAACUGCAAAUAUGGGACACAGCGGGACAGGAACGAUUCCGUACAAUCACGACCGCCUAUUACCGGGGAGCCAUGGGCAUCAUGCUGGUAUACGACAUCACACAGGAGAAAUCGUUCGAGAACAUUAAAAACUGGAUUAGAAACAUCGAAGAAAAUGCGGCAGCCGACGUGGAAAAGAUGCUGCUCGGCAAUAAGUGUGAGCUUAAUGAAAAAAGACAGGUUACCCGAGUCCGUGGUGAACAGCUAGCUGUAGAGUAUGGUAUUAAAUUUAUGGAAACAUCUGCGAAGGCAAGCAUCAACGUGGACGAUGCGUUUUUCACUCUUGCCCGGGAUAUUAAGUGUAAAAUGGAAAAGCGAAUGGAAGCAAACAAUCCACCGAAAGGUGGCCAUCAGCUUAAGCCGCAGGUCGAACCACGGAAGGCACCGAGUUGGUUAUCGAAGUGCAAUCUGUUUUGACCUUGCAAUAGUCCUAUUAAUAAUUAUUACUUUUUUAUAUAACACACUAAAUAAUAAUUAUCACUAUUAUUAUUUAAAAUGUAUGUAAACGGCUGGUGUCGAGGGACAACGGAUUCGCAAAUGCAACAUUCAUCACUACACAUUCACAUUCUCACACAUACAAACACACACACACACCGAAAUGGGGUGGAAGGGAGAAAGAUUUCUCCUCUUCACUUGAUUUUGCCCGAAACGUAAAAGCGCAAAACAAACGAAGCGUUUUCACGCGGACGUUAGCUCAUGGAGUUUGUAAAAUGGAUUCGUCAUACAUAUUCUCAGAUCGAACCGAUUCAAGGGUGGUGAUUUCUGAAAAAAGGCAUUCUUACACUUUAAGAAUGCACACACACACACACACACUGCGUAAGUUAGGAUGUAUUUUACGACACAAAUUCAUUCGAACGAAAGGAAAACAAAAGCAAUUGAAAGGAAAUCGCUUCGAAACGAAUGUUAGGCUUUUCUGUUCUGUUUUAGAGUAACGAUGGUUUCGGAAGAGCAUGGAAUUCUAGAACUCAACAUUCAAUAUUCUUCGACAAUGUGGCUGUAGCUGUUUUUUGGAAGGGAAACAUGUAAAGCAAAGCGCAUCGCUCUAGAAAAUAGAGAUGUCAUCAUUAAACCCCCA